AUGGAUGUCAAAAAUGCUUUUCGCCAUGAUGACAUUAUCAUCAGAGGAAUUGAUUCUUCACUAAUCACUAGCCUCCAACAGAAGCUUAAAGAUUCUUUUCAUAUGAAAGAUCCUCUCAACCUCCAACAGAAGAUUAAAGAUUCUUUUCAUAUGAAAGAUCCUCUUACAUAUUUUUUGGGUUUGGAAGUUCAUAAUGUUGCUUCAGGCGUGUUUUUAAACCAAUACAAAUAUACUAAGGAUCUGAUUUCUUUGGCUGGUCUUCAAGAUUCCUGCUCCGUAGAUACUCCAUUGGAAUUGAAUGUGAAGUAUUUUCGUGAGAAAGUGCAACAAGUUAGUCAGUUUAUGCAAGCUCCCUGUCAUCUCCACUUUGUGCCUGUUCAUCACAUCAUUCAGUAUCUUUUAGGAACUUCUACUCGUGGAUUCUUCUUUUCAACUGAUUUUCCUAUUCGUCUUAAUGCUUUUAGUGAUUCUGGAUGGGCAGGAUGUCAUGAUACUCGUUGUUUAGUCACUGGAGGAGCAAAAUGUUUUGGAAAGGAUAAAGCAUGUUUGAAUGAAACAGAAGAGGUUAAUACUGCACAACACAAAAGGGAUCUUGAAGCUUACAAAGCUUGGAAGAAGGCUAACUCCAAUGCACGUGGAAUAAUAAGUUCUGUUAACUUGAUCCAUAAUGAUAGCAUCACAAAAUUUUCCAAUGUUGCACGUCAUGUUGAACUUGAAGAUGAGCACCUUGGUACUGUUAAGACUGCUCUUCUAAUGCCUUUGCGGCAAAGUCAAGUGGUACAAAAUCUUCAGGUUUCAAAUGCAAGAAAACUGGAAAAGAAAUGGGAAAGACAAAGACACUGGAGAAGGACCCUCUAA